UCUUAUUAUCCAUCUUUAUUUCUUAUAUAAUUAGAUGUUAAUAGACUUAUAUUUGACUGUUUCUAAAGUGAAGUUAUUUGUCCAUAUUUAAAAAUAGCUCAUACUUAUUGAAUACCAAUUUAUUUGCAUUCUAGAUUUGUGUAAAAUAAUUUAGUUAUAUACUAAUUUAUCCAGCUUGUGUACAUAUUCCAUUUGCAUAUAAAAAUAAUAUAUUUGCUAGGUGGGUGAGUUUUUUCUUCAUGUAAAAUUAUUUAUCUAUAUGUAACUAAAUUGUUUUCAAUGCCAAGUUAUUUGUUUGCUUUGUAGAUUAAAUUGUUUGGUGAUAUUGACUCAUUUGUUCGUGAUAUUUAUUUUCUAUUAUUUAGUCUAUACAAUAAAAUGUUUGUGAUGUUUAAUGUUUUGUUCGUUGUACAUUAUUAUUUGUUCGUUAUAUUUAAUUUGUUUAUUUGUAAAAGCAAUUAUUUUCUCAUGUUGUUAAAAUAUUUGUUCGCAGUAGCCGAAACUAUUUUUUUAUAUUAAAAAUAUUUUUUCAAAAUAUCGUGCAAACAUAGGCAAGUGUGGUCUUAUUUUGAAAAUCUUAUUGCAAGAAAUACAGUGGUGCAAUCAGAAUUUAAUCUGGAUGCUCGGUUUAAUAGUUGCUUUUUAGUUUGAAAUUUGCAUGCAUACAUAUGGGUGACGUUAUCAUUAUUGUCUAUUUCUGCAUGCAUGCAUAAAUUAUCUCUUUUAUUUAGCUCUAGCUGGCAACAUCCGUGCUAAGGGGCUAACGUACGGCCCAAAACAACAUCCGCACCCGUGCAGGAAUUAAAUAGCAUGAUGAUGCUCGGUGGAACUAUCAUCUCAAACGAUGUCUAAUCGCGCCUGCUUGAGCCGCGGUGGUUGGCACGAUCCGCGACCGCACCUGCUGAAAAUAUCUAGUUUUCUGGUUGGAGUCUUGGGGCUGAAAAUCGGAACCUUGUUGAUAGUUGAAGGAUCAAAUAUACGUAUUGGUUUUUGAAAAUGAAAAAUUCCAGUGGUCGAAUGUUUCUUUUUCAGAAACCUCGUUGAUAGUUGAAGGAAGUUAGUUUGCCUAGACGACCUCGAUUCUAUUGGGCCGUGUACUGACGCAAAGACGACAGGAAACGCACGAUUGGGCCUCUCAUUCAGUAUUCCUCACGAGCAAGGCCUCAAGAAAGGCAACACACUCGUCCAAAGAAAAAAGAAAAAGAAAAAAAGCAGCACACUGACACUGGGACCCACGGGGGCGAUCCCGGUCAACCCCGACCUCUAGCGGCCCCGGCCACCACGUCACGGCCGACGCGGACGCUGGCCUCCCGCACAGCAUAAACAAACGCAAACGCAAACCGACCCCGGCUAAGAAAAGUCGCCUCCAGAGGAGACCCGGCAAAUCCAGAAGGCGAACGCAACCACCCCAGCGCGCGCCACCUCGGAACCGAACAGGAACCGCCGCCUUCUUGCCGCGAAAGAAAGAAGGUCGACCGAAUCCGCGUCGGCGACCAGCUGGCCAGCCCAACCUAUAAAAAUCCCAACAUCGCCCUCCCCCUCGCUCAUCACGCAAUCAAUCAAUCGAUCCCCAACGCCGCAAGAAACCAAAGAAAGGAUUCCGCACUGCAGAAGCGCGAGGCAAGGCAAGGGAGAAAGAAGAGGCGGCGAUGGCGCGGCGGGGCACGGAGGCGUUCCCGGAGCUGGGCGCGCACUGCGACGAGGCAGACUGCAACCAGCUGGACUUCCUCCCCUUCGAGUGCGACGGGUGCGGCGGGGUGUUCUGCGCGGCGCACCGGACGUACCGCGGCCACGGCUGCGCCAAGGCGGCGGACCAGGGCCGCACCGUCGUCGUCUGCCCGGACUGCGGUGACUCCAUCGAGCGGACGGCGCCGGGGCAGACCGAGCCGGAGAUCCUGGACGAGCACGUGCGGUCGCGCCGCUGCGACCCGGCGAGGAAGCGCAAGCCGGUGUGCCCCGUGCGCCGGUGCAAGGAGCCGCUCACCUUCUCCAACUCCAACGACUGCAAGGCCUGCGGCCGGAAGGUGUGCCUGAGGCACCGGUUCCCGGCCGACCACGCCUGCGCGGGGGCGGCGGGCGCGGCCGCGGCCAGGAGGGCCGGCGGGGAGUGCGCCCGGGACGCGCAGAACAUGGGGAGCGGCGGCUGGGCGCUGCCGGCGUCUAUCCGCAACCUCAAGAUAUUUUGACUUUUCAGCUAGUUGCGGUUGCGGGCUUGCAAAAAUUAACGGCAAAAGGCGCGCCGUGGCCUAUGAUUGUGCUUGUCAUGGAUGUUGCGUUGUUCCAUUGCUGCAGAGCAGCACGUCUAAGAAUAUUGAUUUAUAUGAUUGUUCUUAUUUGUUUCAUGUAGGUGUUAAAAAAUGAAUACGAAUG